AAAUUUUUUCCUUAAAACCGAUACUAUUUCUUGUGCCGAAAACAAAGAAAAAAAGGAAAAAUAUAGUUGAGAAAAAAGAUUUGAACAUGUUGUCAAUUGCAGCGCUUAUUUAUGCAUGUGAUCGUAAGAAUAGGGCAGAAAAAAAUUUUCUAACAAGCAGUAACAGACUUGCAUGGUUCUAGUGGGCACGAAAUCUCACUUUUACCCCUCUCAACUGAGGGCAAUUCUGGUUUUUCAGACGUAUCUUCAAAUUUUCGGUCGUAUCUUAUUUCCUUUGGAACUCAAACUCUUCCUCUAUAAAAACUUCACCACUUUCGUAUAUUUUCAUUCGACUUUUUAUUUCUAUUGAAAAAUAUUUUUAAAGAGGAAAAUCAGAGAGAGAGAGGUCAUGGCGGCCUCGAAUGGAAGCGAAUAUUUUGAGUUUGAUUUAGAGACGGGAAAUGUGGAGUCGUUUCACGGACCGUCAAAUGCGGAGUCCGUUAAGAAAGAUGAGGAAGAGCUUGUGUGGGAAGCGAUAUCGCGGUUGCCGUCAGUGAGGCAAGGACGUUUCGCCAUUUUGAGAAGGAGUCCAUCCGAAGGAGGAGGAGAGAAUGGAGUAGCGGCGGAGACGAUUGAUGUGAAGAGGCUUGAUCGAACUAGAAGAGAACUGGUUGUGAAGAAAGCGUUGGCUACCGACGAUCAGGAUAAUUAUAAGCUUCUCUCCGCUAUCAAAGAUCGCCUUGAUAGAGUUGGAUUGGAUGUGGCAAAGAUUGAAGUAAGGUUCCAGAACAUAAACGUUGAGGUCGAUGCUCAAAUCGCCUCAAGAGCUUUACCCACUUUAAUCAACGUUGCCCGUGACUUCUUUGAGAACGUCGCAAGAAGUUUGAGGAUUUUAAGUCCCAAUAAAUUCAAGUUAAACAUCUUGAAAAACGUCAGUGGUGUUGUUAAACCGGGGAGGAUGACCUUGCUCUUAGGACCACCAGGAUCGGGCAAAUCCACCUUGCUUUUAGCUCUUGCUGGGAAACUUGACAACAAGACUUUGAAGACAAGCGGUGAUAUUACAUACAACGGCACAAAACUUGAUGAGUUCUAUGUUAAAAGGACUUCUGCAUACAUUAGCCAAACAGAUAAUCACAUUCCAGAGCUUACUGUACGAGAGACUUUGGAUUUUGCUGCUAGGUGUCAAGGUGCAAGUGAGGGCUUGGCAGAGUAUAUGAACGAUUUAACCCAUUUAGAAAAGGAAAGGAAGAUACGUCCAGUCCCAGAGAUUGAUGCUUUUAUGAAGGCAUCAUCUGUUGCCGGUAAACAUAGUAUUUCGACUGAUUAUGUCUUAAAAGUGCUUGGUCUUGAUGUAUGUUCAGACACCGUGGUUGGGAAUGACAUGCUCAGGGGUGUCUCCGGUGGCCAAAGAAAAAGAGUUACUACAGGAGAGAUGAUUGUUGGGCCGAGAAAAACUCUUUUUAUGGAUGAAAUAUCCACUGGUCUUGAUAGCUCUACGACGUACCAAAUUGUAAAAUGCGUGCGAAAUUUUGUUCAUCUAAUGGAAGGAACCGUACUCAUGGCUCUACUACAGCCUGCACCUGAGACAUUUGAGCUAUUUGAUGAUCUAGUGGUAUUAUCAGAGGGAAAUAUGGUGUAUCAAGGCCCUCGAGAAGAAGUUUUGGAAUUCUUCGAGUCAUUAGGAUUCAAACUGCCACCCCGCAAGGGAGUUGCAGAUUUUCUUCAAGAGGUCACCUCUAAAAAGGAUCAAGCUCAAUACUGGGCUGAUCCUUCAAAGCCAUAUGUGUUCAUUCCUGUUUCAGAAAUGGCCAAUGCAUUUAAAAAUUCUAGAUUUGGGAGGUCUCUGGAGUCAACACUUAGUGUUCCAUAUGAUAAAUCCCAGAGUCAUCCUUCAGCUUUGUCCAAAACAAGAUAUGCUGCAUCAAAAUGGGAACUUUUAAGAACGUGCUUUGCACGAGAAAAACUACUAAUCAGCAGGCAUAGUUUUCUUUACAUUUUCAGGACCUGCCAGGUUGCAUUUGUCGGAUUUGUCACGAGCACAAUUUUUUUACGAACAAGACUACAUCCGGUAGAUGAGAUUAAUGGCAACCUCUACAUCUCUUGCCUUUUCUUUGGGCUGGUGCAUGUGAUGUUUAAUGGAUUUUCUGAGCUAUCUCUUCUGAUAUUUCGACUCCCAGUCUUUUACAAACAGCGAGAUAAUCUGUUUCUUCCUGCAUGGAUCUGGUCUGUGGUCAGUUGGAUUCUACGUGUACCUUACUCUAUUGUUGAGUCUGUAGUAUGGUCUUGUGUUGUAUACUACACUGUUGGUUUUGCCCCUGCUGCUGGGAGGUUUUUCCGCUUCAUGUUCUUAAAAUUUGCAAUACACCAAAUGGCAAUUGGUCUAUUCCGAAUGUUGGCUGCUAUUGCAAGAGAUACGGUCAUUGCAAAUACAUUUGGGUCAUUUGCACUUUUAAUUGUACUUUUGUUAGGUGGAUUUCUUAUACCAAAAGACAAGAUUAAACCAUGGUGGGUUUGGGCUUCUUGGUUGUCACCACUACAGUAUGGACAAAGAGCAAUUUCUGCUAAUGAAUUCACUGCCACAAGGUGGAAAAAGGCAUCUGCUAUUGGAAACAAUACAGUCGGAUACAAUAUUCUUCAAUCACAUGGUUUACCUUCUGCUGGAUAUUGGUAUUGGCUUGGAGUUGGUGUGUUAUUACUUUAUUCUGUACUUUUCAACAUCAUCGUGACACUCGCCCUAGCUUACCUAAAUCCUCUCAGAAAAGGCCAGGCAAUUUUUCCAGCUGAUGAAACAGAAGAAAAUUCUGUUGUGAAGAAUGUUGAAAGCCAGGAGUUGGAAUCAGGUGUUCCAUCUGCUAACGGAGGCAGUAAGAGGAAGGGAAUGAUUCUUCCGUUUCUACCAUUAGCAAUGACUUUUCACAAUGUCAAUUACUAUGUCGAUGUGCCUAAGGAAAUGAUUGCACAAGGCAUACCUGAAAGGAGAUUGCAGCUCUUGUCAAAUGUAAGUGGUGUAUUCUCACCAGGUGUUCUUACGGCCUUAGUCGGGUCAAGUGGAGCAGGAAAGACUACCUUGAUGGAUGUGCUUUCUGGAAGGAAAACUGGCGGAUACAUUGAAGGUGAUAUUAUGAUAUCAGGGUACCCAAAGGAACAGAAGACAUUUGCCAGAAUUUCAGGAUAUGUUGAGCAAAAUGAUAUACAUUCUCCUCAAGUGACGGUUGAGGAGUCUCUCUGGUUUUCGUCCAGUCUUCGCCUUCCGAAAGAAAUUAGCAAAACCCAGAGACAUGAGUUUGUUGAAGAAGUGAUGCGUUUAGUAGAGCUUGAUACACUAAGGAAUGUUUUAGUUGGUUUACCAGGUAGCAGUGGCUUAUCAACAGAGCAGAGAAAACGUUUAACUAUUGCAGUGGAGCUUGUUGCAAAUCCUUCCAUUAUUUUCAUGGAUGAGCCCACAUCUGGACUUGAUGCACGGGCAGCAGCAAUUGUGAUGAGAACUGUUCGUAAUACUGUUGAUACUGGAAGAACUGUGGUGUGCACUAUUCAUCAACCCAGUAUCGAAAUAUUUGAAUCAUUCGAUGAGCUGCUGCUUAUGAAACGAGGAGGUCAACUUAUAUAUGGAGGGAAGCUUGGAGUGAACUCGCAAAUGUUGAUAGACUAUUUCCAGGGUAUAAGUGGAAUUCCAUCAAUUCCUGAUGGACACAACCCGGCAACGUGGAUGCUCGAGGUUACUAGCCCUGCAGUAGAGCAGAGAAUUGGUAGAGACUUUGGAGAUAUUUACAGAAAUUCUGCGCAGUAUAGGGAAGUGGAAGAUUCCAUUAUGCGUUUGAGUGUUCCACCCCCUGGUUCACAACCUUUAAAGUUUCCUUCCACGUAUGCACAAAACCAACUGGCUCAGUUUCUGAUUUGCCUGAGAAAGCAAAACCUUGUGUAUUGGAGAAGUCCACGUUACAACUUGGUGAGAUUGGUCUUUACAAUUGUGUGCGCACUAAUAUUUGGCUCUGUGUUCUGGGAUGUUGGUUCCCAAAGGCAUACAACUGAAGGUUUGUUUAUGGUUAUGGGUGCCCUUUAUGCCUCAUGCCUAUUUCUUGGGGUAAAUAAUGCUUCCUCAGUACAGCCAAUUGUAUCCAUUGAGAGAACAGUAUUCUAUAGAGAAAGAGCAGCUGGAAUGUAUGCUCCUACUCCUUAUGCAGCAGCCCAGGGUCUCGUGGAGGUUCCAUACAUUGCUGUUCAGGCAAUUCUGUUUGGGGCCAUCACAUAUUUCAUGAUCAAUUUCGAAAGGACAGCUAGAAAAUUUUUCCUCUAUCUUGUCUUCAUGUUCCUCACCUUCACCUACUAUACCUUUUAUGGUUUAAUGGCUGUUGGUCUCACACCUACUCAGCAAAUGGCAGCCGUCGUCUCUUCUGCCUUCUACUCUUUAUGGAAUCUCCUCUCAGGUUUUCUUAUACCAAAGCCGAGAAUUCCAGGAUGGUGGAUUUGGUUCUACUACAUCUGCCCUGUUGCAUGGACUUUAAAGGGUAUUAUCAGCUCUCAGCUUGGUGAUGUGGAAACCAUGAUUGUUGAACCGACGUUUCAAGGCACUGUGAAAGAGUAUAUAAACACUGUUUUCGGCAUUGAUCCUGGGAUGAUGGGGGUUUCAGCAGCAGUGUUAAUCGGCUUUUGUCUCUUUUUUUUUAGUAUCUUUGCUUUCUCGUUGAAAUUUCUCAACUUCCAGAAAAGAUGAAUGAUGAAUUUAUAGACUGCUGCAAAAGCUCUCUCCAUCAGCAUUGGACAGGUGGUCACCAUCCCAGUUUGAGCACAAACAAUUUCUGUAAGAGCCAGUACCUCAUCAAGAUGCACAUAUCCUUCUCAACAUUCUUUAAUGCCAUCUCAUUGACCUAGUUGAAACAAUUCUUUAGGAUCGAUCAGUACAACAUCGAUAGGAUAGGAGACACAAAUCAAAUACACCUUUGUAUUGUUAAUGUAGCAGUAGCAACACGAGUUAGUUUCGAUGGUGAAUGUUGUAAACUUACCAUUCAUUAUUGUAUCUGACCAUCUUGAUUACUGUUAAACUUUGGAAUCAUACAC